AUGACUCAGCUCAAAACUACCUUCCUCGCCCUCGUCGCCCUCUUCGCGUCCUAUGUCUUGGCUGUCUCCCCGCUCGUGGUUCAAGGGUCCGACUUCGUCAACAGUGUCGAUGGCACGCGUUUCCAGAUCAUUGGUGUAGCCUAUCAACCUGGCGGUUCUUCGGGCUUCAAUCCAGGCUCUGGAAUUGACCCGUUGAGCGAUGCUGAUGUUUGCCUCCGAGAUGCCGUGCUCAUGCAGCGCCUGGGUGUCAACACUAUCCGCGUCUACAACCUCGAUCCGGAUUUGGACCACUCUGCUUGCGCCUCCAUCUUCAAUGCCGCCGGCAUCUACAUGAUCCUUGACGUCAACAGCCCCUUGCCCAACCAGUCCCUGAACCGCGGUGCGCCAUGGGAAUCGUACUCUUCUACCUAUCUGGAGCGCGUUUUCGAUGUCGUGGAAGCCUUCAUGAACUUCAACAACACCCUGGGAUUCUUCAGCGGGAACGAGGUCAUCAACGAGGAUUCGGUCCCGGAGGUUCCAGCCUAUAUUCGGGCAGUUACUAGAGACCUCAAAGAUUACAUCUCGAAACAAGCUCCACGACCCAUCCCCGUUGGCUACUCUGCUGCUGAUGUCCGCCCACUGCUCAUGGGGACCUUCAACUACAUGUCAUGUGGGUUGGACAAUGACACCAGCUCCAAGAUUGAUUUCUUCGGCCUCAACUCUUACUCUUGGUGCGGCGAUGCCACUUUCCAGUCGUCUGGCUACGACGUCCUGGUUGGGGACUUUGGUAAUACCACAAUCCCAGUCUUCUUCUCCGAGUACGGCUGCAACCUGGUCACUCCACGAACGUUCACCGAAGUCCCCGUCCUGUACUCUGAGAACAUGACACCCGUCUUUUCUGGUGGGCUCAUCUACGAGUACAGCGAGGAGCCGAACAACUAUGGCUUGAUCAACUUCAAUGACAACGGAACCGUUAGCAUUCUUCCAGACUACAACAAUCUUCGAGAGCAGUUCAAUUCACUCGAUGUCGAUGCGCUCGAGAAAGCCAAUGCCACAGCGACUUCGCUCACGCCCCCGAAAUGUGCAAUUAACUUAUUGGGCGGAUCAAACUUUAGCACCAGCUUCGAUCUUCCAGCUCGCCCAGACGGUGUUGAUGACUUGAUCCAGAAUGGUGUCUCUGGCAAAUUCCCGACCGGGACUUCAUCGAUCACAAACACCAAGCCUUCACAGACUGUGUAUGAUGUCGAUGGUCAAGAAAUCACCGGACUCCAACUCACCAUUCUGCCCAACGAUCAGAGCAACUUGCCAGGUAACAACACGAGUGGAAGCACACCCAAGAGUACUCCAUCUUCAUCGCCGAGUGCCACGACCGCCGGCAGCGAACCUACCAACACCAACGCAGCCGCAAAGAUGGACGACAUGAGAUUUGGGUCACUUGUCUUGGGCGCACUGACUGCGGGUCUCGUUAUGCAAUUGUGA